AUGAGGAAUCACUCCGGGGAAAAACCAUUCCGCUGCGGGCACUGUGGCAAGCAGUUCACACGCAACAGCAGCCUCACCCACCACAUGAAGGUGCACAGCGACGGCAAGCUCUUUACGUGCACGCACUGCGGUAAGCAGUUUGCACGCCACAUCAGUCUGAACGCCCACAUGAGGGUGCACGCCUCGCACCGACCCUUCCACUGCCUCUUCUGCCCCAAGCAGUUCACGAGAAACAGCAGUCUGAACCACCACCUCCGCAGCCACAGUGGCGACAAGCCGUACGAAUGUCCCGAGUGCAACAAGCAGUUCACACAGAACAGCAGCCUCAAGGACCACUUGCGGCUGCACACGGGCGAGCGACCGUUCAACUGCAACCACUGCAGCAAGCAGUUCAGCAGGAACAGCAGCUUGGUGCAUCACUUGAAAGUGCACAGCGGCGACAAACCGUACACGUGUCAGCACUGCAACAAGAAGUUUGCCAAGAACAUCGGCUUGAACGCUCACAUGCGAAUCCACACGGCGGCCAGGCCGUUCAGCUGUCCGCACUGCAGCAAGCAGUUCACGCAGAACAGUAACUUGAACGUGCACAUGAGGAUUCACAAUUUGGCCAACCAGAACUCCAUAGCCACCAAUCCAAACGCUAACGCGGCUUCCAUCGUGACUGCUGCGGCCGUUGCAUUAGCGUCAUCAUCAGGGGAAAAACAUUAUAAAUAA